CCUGUAUUACAAACACACCUAUACAUAUGAAAGAAAAACACAUUACGAGAAUCAGAGCACGGCAGAUAAAGGUAGCGAUCGCGAUCAUAAACCUUUGAAUGUAGGAUCUACUAAACCUAUCUUAUACAAAAUGCCCUAUAUCAUAAAAAUCCGUAGAGACUGUAAGUGUAAGGGCUGUUUUCUACUCGUAUAAACGUUAUAGUGAUUUAAGCAAAAUAUCCAAGAGCUUGGCAGCUUGCUUUAUUCUUGCUAUAUGCAACAAGUCGACAAUGGAUGCAAAUGUUAAAAAGCAGUGCUUUUGUAUGAGUAUGACAGACCUUCCUAAUGAAGCUUUGUAUUUGAUCUUUGAAAGAUUAAGCUCAAAACGUGACCAGGAAUCUUUUGGACUAGCCUGUCACUAUUUUCUUGAUAUUCAAAGUUCAAGCCGUAAACACUUGGAACUUAAUUUCUAUCCGUGGUCAAGAAUUUCCUCUCAUCCUGUCUUUGGCAUUGAUUUUGUUGCCCUUGACAAGAUGUUUAAUCGUUUUACGAAAUUAGAGUCGUUGUGCUUGAAAAGUUGCUAUGAUAUCUCAGAUUCUGGUUUAUAUCAAUUGCAAAAAAAUGGGUCUAAAUUGCAGUGUCUUUAUCUUGAUUUUUGUAGCGACGCCACUGACAUAGGACUCGUUUCUGUUGCUUCUACCUGUCCAUUUUUGUCCGCAAUCAGUUUAUGGAGUUGUUCUUCUGUUAGUGAUCAUGGAUUGGAAAUCUUAACAAAGUCAUGUAAAUCUUUAAAAGAAGUGCAUCUUGGAUGGUGCGAUAACAUAACCGACAUCGGGAUUUUAUCUCUCAACCAAAAUUGUCGUCAACUUAGAACACUCGAAAUAUCUUGGUGUGUCAACAUUAUUGGUAUAGGCUUCCAAGGGAUGUCUCCUACCUUAAAUUGCCUAGAAGUCAAUAGUUGUGCGUUCGAUCCUAAAGCUCUUACUAAAUAUGUAGGUGGAGGGUGUCUCGAGUAUUUACGCAUUUCUUUUCCUUAUAAGUUAGGACCGGCUAGAGUUGGUUUAGGAUUUGCUUUAAAUCUUAAAAUCCUCGACUUUAGAGACUGCAAGCUCGUCAAGGAUGAUUUGAUUAUGAAAAUUUCAAUGGGGUGUCCAAUGCUGAAAGAGUGGAACUUAUCAUUUUGUGACAAUAUUGGGUUACCUGGUUGGGAGUGGAUUGGUUUGUACUGUCAAAACUUGGAGAAACUUCAUGUGCACAACUGUGGAAACCUCUGUGAUCAAGGAUUACUUGCUGUGGGUAAUGGUUGCCGACUCCUAUCCGUCAUAUACAUAAGUGAAUGCUGCCAAAUUACUCAAUCUGGGAUUGAAUCUUUUAAGAUGCAGAGAGAGGAUGUGGACAUCAACGAGAAACGACUCUCAUCAAUUGCACCCAGUUGGGCAUUUACGUUUAAGGUGUAGGAAAAAUAUAUUGAAACGGGUAGAAAAAAAUGUAUCAUUGUUAUUCUGACUUGUGUAUUAUGAUAAAUAAUAUGUAUGUCUAAGAAUUUGAACUUGAGAACUUCAA